UCAAAAAAAUUUGAACGAUUAGUGGGUUAGGGUUUUGAAUUUGGAAAUCGGAAUUGGGAAGCAAAAAUGAGUGAAUUUGUUGGGGGUUCCGAUCCUCCUUCUCCCGCUCUAUCAAUGGCGUCGUCGUCGGAGCCCUCGAAGAGCGGCGGCACUUCCGCCGGCUUUGACGCAAACCGAAUCGCGGAAGUGAAAGCAUGGCUCGUCGCACAAUUUGAUGCCGCCGGCAAAGACGUGCCUGAUUUCGAGUACACUCCGCGGAGCAUUGCCCACUUACACAACAUUGCAACGCUUUCGCAAGCCAAAACUCAGGCCGCCGCCAUUGUAGCAAAUGAUUUUCGUCAUAAGGCAGCAGAAUAUCGCUCACAAGGGGAUUUAGCAGUUUUUGUUUGUCACACAGCUGCUAGGAUAAGAGAGAUCCUGGAGCAUGUGGGAUUAGUGCAAGAAAGUUUACCUGCAAAUGUGGUGUCAUCUUCCCAAGUUCUUGCCGGAGUGGCGAAUCUGUUGAAUAUUAGGGAUACUGAACUAAGUAGUUUUCUUGUAGCUAUGGCGGAUCUAUCCUUGAGAAAAACAGCAGUAGAAGAAAAGAGGGCUAAAGUUCAGCAGGAGUCAAAAGAGCUUCUUGACUAUACCCGGAAAGCAAUUGCAAGAUUGACUUAUUUGAAAAGAACGCUUGCACAGUUAGAAGAUGAUAUACCUCCUUGUGAAUCUCAAAUGGAGACGUGGAAGACAAACUUGGCAAUAAUGGAAUCUAAAGAAAACCAGUAUCUGCAACAAUAUUCGAAUUAUAAGGCGCUGCUCAACCGUGUGGGCUAUAGCCCUGAGAUUAGUCACGGGGUGUUGGUAGAAAUGGCAGAACACAAGAAGGACCUGGAGAAGAAAACAAAACCGAUUCUCGACACAUUGAGAAGUUACCAAGACUUGCCCCCGGACAAGGCUUUGGCGGCACUGGCAAUCGAGGAUAAGAAAAGGCAAUAUGCGGCUGCUGAGAAGUACCUUGAAGAUGUCUUGCAGUCGGCCCUUGCUUCUUCCGAGUAAUUAAUAUCCAUCUAGCGUAUGCUGCUUCAUUUACUUGUGAGUAAUUUUCUUUUUUAUUUACCUUUCGUCCCGGCUAUGAAAAUGUUUGUGUAGAAAUUGUAUUACAUCUACUUAUGUGAUCGAUCCUCUAGCAUUGUCUCGAUGCUUUUUGGCUAUGUUGUUUGGAAAAGUUUGGGUACUAAUGAGUAUAUAUAUUGUUCUCUAGAAA